AUGACUAGUAGCAUUCUCCCUACGGUCAGAGAAGUAAACGAAUGGAGUUUCCAAAAACUUGGUAAAUUUUUGAAAUCGAAAGAAAUUAAUGAUGAAGAUAUUAAAAUUAUCAUCGACGAACAAAAGGUCGAUGGUUCAUCCUUUCUUGGGAUUACCGCAAUAUCUCUUGAAAGAUGGGGAAUUCUAGGUGGACCAGCUUUAAAAAUCGAAAAACUGGUCAAAGAAAUUCAAUGUGGCACAAAACCAUUUACCGAGGAUCAGGAUGUAUCGGUAUCCUUUCUUAUCGAUAAUUCAAAUUUUCUCAAUCAAGGCAAAGAUAUUUUGAAGCGUGAGGAGAAAACUAACAUAAAUAAUGUGCGCGUUGAUUAUGAUCGAUUACGAACUAUAAUAUUAAAUGGGAGAAAAUUAAGUGGUCCUGCAGAAAUAUUUUACUCUAGCAAAAACUCUCAUUAUAAGCUUUGGGAAAAACUUAAAGAUCAAGAUUUUGAAGUUAAAGCACUUGAAAAAAGAGUGAAUACAACAUUGGUUGCACGAGGAAUGAAAUUCAUAUAUACUAAGGAUCCCGGAACAUUAGUUAUAGUAGCAGGUGAUAGUGAUUACUCACCAUUAGUUGAAAACGCUCUGGAAAAAGGGUGGAAAGUUGAAAUAUGGUACUGGUCAUCAGGAUUAUCUGAAGAAUUAAGAAUUGGUGAUAAAUUUGGAAGGAAUUAUAGUUUUCAUAAUCUAGAUUAUGAGUAUAAAAAAUUUGUAUAUGCACGUGGACCAGAAGCUCAUCGGAAAUUUACUCUUGAAAUCGAACAUGAGUGGGUUAAGGAUUUGAGAGAUGAAAAUUUAUUGAGCAUUUUCGUUUUGAUGGAUUUAUUUGGGUGGUGGCAUUGGACCAAGGAUGAUCAUUUAUUGGUUUAUGUUAAUACGUUAAAACAAAAGGAGGAGGUAGAAAAUUGGUUUGAACAAACCAAACAACAUUUUGAAUUAGCUAAAAAACAAUUCGACUCAACUAAAACGCCUAAACAAAUUAUUGAAUCUCUAAGGGGGUUGAUUUAUGCUUUAGAUAAUAGAUUUAAAAAUCCUAGUAGCUAUGAUUUAGGGCUGUGA